CGGCCCGGCGGUGCAACCGCAGCCGUCCGAGACCGCCCCGGGUCAGAGGAGGACACAGAGCCGCCUGACUCCGGGCUUUAAUACCCCAUCAGCCCGGGACUAAAAGGUAUUCCUCUCACUCCUGUCCCUCUCUGCCUCUGCCAGGACAGCAGCCCGCUGUAGGUCCAGCGGGAUCUCUGAGCUCUGACACCCAACAUCUGUGGAUAUGCCAUCCGGGCACCCAGGUCCUUGUCCUAAUCAUGGUCUUGUCUGCCCUGGACAAGAACAGUGGGAGGCUGCUGGCUUGGUGGUGGCAUUUGACCUUGCUUUUCCUUGUCGUGUUGGGAGACCCCCCCAAGUUUGGAGUGUCUGUACAUGGAAUAUGAAGAGGAUGAUGAUAUUUCCUUUGCAAAAUGGAUGAGCAGCUUCUGGGGCCACAACUUGAUGGAUGAGAAAGAGGGUAGAGGCCACAAGAAACGUCAGACACGGCUCUUUAGUGAAAGGAGAGCCUCCCUUCCGGCCAGCCUUUCCUCCCUCCAUACAACUCGACUUCAUGCUUCUACCAAAGGGUCAUCUUCAGGCCAUCUCAAGGGCUCCAAGGAAUUUCAAGAAGACCAAGAUGUCAAAUGCCACAGGAAGGCAACCAGAACACCUUCAGCAGAGAGCCCAGAGACAGGAUCCAACCCCAUCCAGGAGUUUGCAGAGUCCUUUGAAAAGAAAUUGCAUCUCAAAAACAAACGCUCAGUUUCUUUGCAGCCUGAAGGCAUGAAGGAGAGAAGGGAAAGAGAAACAUUGCAUUUGAGAAAAAGCAAGGCUCACAAGAGAGUGGAAGGGAAAUCAGAGCCAAGGAGAGAGCAAGAAGAAGAUGAAGGUUCAGAAGUGGUACCUGCAAAACACAACAAACAAUUUCCAUCACAAGCAAGCAUUGAGAAAGGAUGUUUAUGCACAGGCAGCUAGAAUGCAUUGAGAUAACGAAUCCUAACACUCCCCCUGGAGAGCAGAGGGAGCAUUCUUGUUUUGUUUUAACUAGAAGAGGCCUGUUAGGCAGAAUAAACCCUAACCUGUAAACUAAAAGUAAAAUUCAACUGCGUCUUUGAUGUUACUACCUUCCUGUCUUUAGUUUUGCUGAUAGGAAUGUGACCCUUGUCAUAGGAGCGCAUCUGUAGCAAGAUCCAAGUAAGUGAUUAACCACUGUAAGAGGGUUUCAGGCAGAUUUAGUAUUGUGGCAGGACACUGGUGGAUGUGUUCGUUUAAGAGGAGAGCAUGUAUGUAUUACAGAGCUGUGCAGAGUCAGCCAAAACCUGUGUCUCUGUUUCAAUUGAAAAUGGCCUUACUGGUAGGCUUGGGAAGGAAAAACCUACACAUGGGAAGGAAAAACCUACAGAUGACCACCCACUUCCUAGUCCUGACAUUCACUUAGAUUUGCCCUGGAAGCAGGUACCUUUUUACUUCGACAAUCUCCUGACUGCAAUUCACGGAGGUGAUAGAGGGAGGCCCACAAGUUCUCUUCUACACCUCCCUGAUGGCUCACUUGUCUCUGCUUUCCCUACCACUGUGCAAUAUGACUCUUGUUUCUCUGGCAUCCCCCAGCCCUCUCACAUGUCCUCAGUCCCAUUUACCCAGUUACACAGCUAGUUCUUUCUUCCAACUUUAACCUCAUCGCCUUGCUUCUUUUGUGGCUUUCCCCCUCUCCACUUAGUACUUUAUAGCCCUGCCUUAUAGCUACAAACUACAUCUCUAGUUUUGCCUCAUCAAAAUUUGAGCCUUGCGGAAAGCUCUCUAGUACAGAGAUGUUCUGCCUCUCAUACUUGUAUCUAAUGUCUCCAAGGGGUUGCCAGACAUUCAAGGUGAGGCAUAGCAAUCUCUUCCAUUUUUCUAGAACUAGGGCCAAACCAAAAUAUGGACAGAGGAAAGGAAAACUCCAUCUAGGAAAGCUCUGUUUCCUCUGGCUGAAGAUGUUCUGAACUCAGGUGUAAGUCUCACCAACUGUAAGUAAGUAUCCCUCCUAUGCAGAAGAAAUCCACCUCCGCAUGCUCAUAAACACACAC